AUGGCUGAACUGCCUGGGACAGAAUUAACCAUUGACCCGGCACACUGCAGCGGCAGGUUCACCAUAAGUACCCUGAUCAGCACUGAGGACAGCAGCAAGCCUCGGUACAGGUUCCCAGAUGCCACUACCUACGACACCACCCAGGCCACCCACCUCUGUCACAACAGCACUUUCUACAUGAGGACUUUUGGCUACAAUACCAUUGAUGUUGUCCCUGCCUAUGAACAGUAUGCCAACAGUAAAAUCUUAAGUGAUGCCAGCAGAGUUAGGCCUACGCUGGCAGAACUACAUUCAUUCCUAAAGGUAAGGCAGGAUGAUUAUCUUCACUUGUUCUACAGGCAAUUGCAUAAGGUUAUCCCUGCUGUUUUCCCUCUAUAUUCAUUGCAUGCUGAAUAUCUGGGAGUAACCCUGCAUUCGCAAUUGCCCUGGAUCACUGUACAGGCAGGAAUUGCACUGACGUGGCUGAUCAUCUUGAUGCCUGUGACUGUGACCAGCAUCAUGGGUUUGUCCAUCUCUGCCAUCUCCACAAACGGCAAAGUGAAAUCAGGUGGCACGCAUUUCUUCAUCUCAAGAAGCCUUGGGCCAGAGCUGGGCAGCUCCAUUGGUCUUAUAUUUGCCUUUGCAAAUGCUGUGGCAGUGGCCAUGCACACAGUGGGCUUUGCAGAAACAGUAUUGCACUUUUGUUUCCUUUCUCAGGAAUACAAUUCAUCCAUUGUAGACACAACAAAUGACAUCUGUAUCAUUGGGAUUGUUACGGUGACAGUUCUACUCCGGAUUUCUUUGGCUGGAAUGGAGUGGGAAGCAAAGGCACAGGUGCUCUUCUUAGUUAUAAUGGUUUCCUUCAUAAAUUACUUAGUGGGGACAGAGAUUCCCGCCUCUGGCAAGCAAGCAAAAGGAUUCUUCAGUUACAGAGCAGAUAUUUUUGCCCAAAACUUUGUGCCAGACUGGUGUGGACCCGAUGGUAGCUUCUUUGGUUUGUUUUCUAUUUUCUUUUCAUCAGCAACUAGCAUCUUGGCUGGAGCCAACGUUUCUGGUGAUUUGAAGGAUCCUGCUGUAGCCAUUCCCAAAGGCACUCUGAUGACUAUAUUCUGGACUACAAUAUCCUAUCUGGCAAUUUCUGCUACAAUUGGUGCCUGCAUAGUACGUGAUGCCUCUGGGAGUGUGAAUGACACCAUUCCCAUUGAUUCUCCAGACUGUGUGGGACUAGCUUGUGGCUAUGGCUGGAACUUUACUGAAUGUGCUCAGAAGCAAAGCUGUCACUUUGGACUCAGCAAUUGUUACCAGAGUAUGAGCAUGGUAUCUGGGUUUGCCCCUUUUAUCACAGCUGGGAUCUUCAGUGUCACCCUUUCGUUGGCCCUGGCCUGCCUUGUCUCAGUGCCCAAAGUCUUCCAGUGCCUGUGCAAGGGCCAACUAUACCCUCUCAUAGGCUUCUUUGAGAAGGGCUAUGGCAAGAACAAUGAGCCAAUCAGAGGUUACAUGUUGACCUACAUUAUUGCCUUGGGAUUAAUUCUUAUUGCUGAACUGAACACUAUUGCCCCAAUCAUCUCCAACUUCUUCCUCUGCUCAUAUGCUGUCAUCAAUUUCAGCUGCUUCCACGCUUCCAUUACCAACUCACCAGGAUGGAAACCAUCAUUUAGGUAUUAUAGCCAAUGGGCUGCUCUUUUUGGUGCUGUCAUUGUCGUGAUCGUGUUUCUCCUGACCUGGUGGGCAGCUCUGAUAGCUAUUGGCAUUGUUGUCUUCUUAUUGGGGUAUGUGCUCUACAAAAAGCCUGAAGUGAACUGGGGCUUAUCUGUACAGGCAGGUUCAUACAACAUGGCCUUGAACUAUUUGGUGGGACUCAGUGAAGUGGAUGAUCGUGUUAAGAACUAUAGAUCUCAGUGUCUUGUUCUAACUGUGCCUCCAAACUUGUGUCCAGCCCUGAUGGAUUUUGUGGGCACAUUCACCAAAAACCCCAGCUUGAUGAUUUGUGGGAACGUGCUGAUAGGACCAUGCUAGCAGAAGAUGCUGGAAUCCAGGCUCAACUCUGGCGGCCAUACAAGAUGGCUAAUCAAGGGAAAGUUCAAGGCUUUCUAUACAGAUGUGGUAGCUGAGAACUUGAGAAGCGGGGUCCAAAUACUUAUGCAGGCUUCUGGUCUUGGGAAGAUGAAGCCCAAUGUCUUAGUGUUGGGGUACAAGAAGAACUGGCAGACAGCUCACCCUCAGUUUGUGGAGGGCUACGUUGGAAUCUUGCAUGAUGCCUUUGACUUCAAGCAUGGAGUGUGCUUAAUGAGAAUGAAGGAAGGGCUUAAUAUUUCCAGACUGAUGCAGGCUCACAGGAAGUUGACAAUCCCUGUGCUCUCCCCUGUGGCAGGUCUGACUCUCCUGCUUCUGUAUCUUCUCAGUCACAAGAAGCGGUGGGGCAAGUGCAAAAUCCGGGUGUUUGUUGGAGGGCAUAUCAACAGGAUGGAUGAAGAGAGGAAGGCAAUCAUCUUUCUGUUGACCAAAUUCCGACUUGGGUUCCAUGAGAUGCACAUCCUGCCAGACAUCAAUCAGAAGCCACACCCUGAAGACAUCCGGAGAUUUGAGGAGCUGAUUGCCCCUUUCAGGCUCAAUGAUGGUUUUAAAGAUGAGGUGGCAGUGAAUGACAUGAGGCAGGACUGCCCUUGGAAGAUUUCUGACGAGGAGGUUAAGAACAGAGUGAAAUCUCUUUGCCAAGUGAGACUCAAUGAGAUCUUGCUGGAUUAGUCCCAGGAUGCAGCUCUCAUAGCCAUAGCCUUGCCCAUAGCCAGGAAGGGUCGAUAUCCCAGCUCUCUCUACAUGGCCUGGCUAGAAACCCUCUCACAAGACCUGAGACCCCCAGUUAUUCUAAUCAGAGGAAACCAAGAUAAUGUCCUGACUUUCUACUGUCAAUAA